AUGCGCUUCUCCUUCGAUGCCGGCUCGGUCACGGAGGCCGGCGAUGCGAUGCCAAGCCACAGAUCCUCCAUCGUAACCGACCACGACCAUGGCCUUGGCCUGUCCGGAUUGCGUCGAAUUCGACAACAGCCCUCGUCGCGAGCCCCUUCGAACCCCGCAUCUAGAAGCUCCUCCAUCGGCUUGUCGAGGUCAACGUCUAUGACAACACUGCUCGCGAACACUUCCGGCAUGCCCUUCAGCACGCACCCCUCAUCGCCUAACUUUUCUGAGGACCUCUCCCGCUUCCCUUCCGAGUCGCUACACUCCUUCUCCUUUGCGCACCAGUCCGAAGAAUACAUACACAACCGACAGAAUGUCCUCAAGCGAUCCAUAGAGUUUAUGAAGGACAGGAUGGGAUGGUCCGUCUCGCCUUCCAACGUCGGACUCGCGAGUGCUCAGGCGCGCGCGUCGGGCGAUGUCGAGACCCAGAACAUGUUGGACCUGCUGGCUAGGGCGCAGCUCGUUGGAGCCGGCAACCUCCCAUCCCUGGACCAGUCCCUUCUCGGACCUCUGACGGGCCCCCCGCAAGUAUCGGGCGAGAACCUGUUCGAAGCAGACUUCGUUCCGAGAACAUCGAGCCCCGAACCUCUGCAGUCGCCCAGCACCUCCCCUACCGCGACCCAUUUCAAGACGCCCUUCCCCCGAGAAGACACAGCAAGGAAGCCGGACCAGCAUGAGACGCCAAAGCCUCCCGUGGACGAUACCGAGUCGGAAAGUUCGAGCCGAACGCCCACAAACGAGAGCGGAACGACGGCCAAGACGUCUCCGCCGCCGUCCCGGCGACUCAGCCUGAAGCGGACACUGACGGACACCCUCCCGGUCUCGGUCCAUCAACAACUCAUGGACACCAUGGCGCAGCCGUACUUGGCGAACCAGGAAAUGGCUACAUCAUCCACAACCGCACAUCCCCUAUCUCCAGGGAACAUGCCAAGCGCGCUUGGCCCAGCCGUGCACGGCCAUUCGACGAGAUGGGUUCCCGCAGCCCAGGCCAUCUUCACGACGGAGUCCAAGCCGCCAUGGACCAUCAUUGCAGCGAAUGAUCUUGCCUGCUUGGUCUUCGGCGUCACCAAGGCAGAGGUCCGGAAGAUGGGCAUUUUGGAAGUGGUCCAAGAAGAGCGGAGGGCCUGGCUGGAAAAGAAACUGUUGCAGAUGGACCCCGAGGAUACCAUCAAGGAGGCAGAAGACAUUCCACAGACGACGGUACCUCCACCGACCCCUCCCACCUCUUCGCUUCUAGGCGGGCGAGGGGGCAUCACCGCCCAAUUGCUGAGCAAGCCUAACUCGCGAUCGCAGCCACCGAAAGCCGUUGCCCGGAAAGCUCAAACCGUACACAGCGGGGACCCGAACCCCCCCAAACUUAGGGGGAACUCUCGGCACCAGAGCAGUCGAUCCAGAGGGGUUCUCUUGUGCGGUGACGUGGUUCCGAUUCAGAAGCGAAAUGGUGCCACUGGCUCCGCAAGUUUGUGGGUGAAGGAGAAGCGGGUUGGUCUCAUCUGGGUCCUCGAGGAAAUCCACGAAGACGUGGCGCAAAUCGAGCUCGACGAUGAAGGCAUUAUCCAAAAGAUCUCUGGUGCCAUGGCGCCGAUUUGGGGCUUCGAGUCACUGAAGCCCGGAGUCGACGUCGGUAAGCUGAUACCACGCAUUCCUCGGCAAGGCAUCGACCCUCGCACCGGCGAGGUCGAUUUUGCGCAGAUUGCCAGACGCAGGUAUUUCACAUGCCCGAACCCGGCCAAGGUCAACAUCCCUUGCACUGUCGAGCAAGUUCGGGGCAAGACAGAGUUGCGCGUCUCAAGCUUCCCGCACAUUGCAGGGAUCAUUGUUGUGGAUCCCGAGACUCUCAAGAUCCAGAGCUCAAACUCGGUAUUUUGCGGUGCCCUGUUCGGCUACGAAAAGCCCGACGGUAUGGGCAUCGAUUCGUUGGUCCCCGACUUUGAGAAAAUCCUCCACAUCUUGACAAGGGAGGACGGCGUGCAACUGCAGGAUGGGAUCGUGGUGCCGGAACACAGUUUCCGCCGGGCGUCGGCGAUUCUGGGUCUUCGGGAGAACCGACCAGAUGCUGCAGCCAGUUUCUUGCGACCGGACGGAUUGCCGGGCAAGCACAGGGAUGGUUCGGAGCUCAAGAUUGACGUCCAGAUGCGCGUGGUCAGGAGCGCAAAGCAGUCCACGAUUAUUCAGGAGACCGUCAUCGAGGAUGAGGAUGAGGACAAGGGCGGCAACAACCACGACGACUCAUUUUCGAUCCUUCACUCAGAAGUGGUGUUUGCCCUUUGGAUUACCUACUCCAGGCACAUGCACGCCGCCAGGUCCGGUCUCGGUGUGACGUCGGCGUCCGCCUCUGGAACGACAACUCCCUUGCAUCAGCCGUCGCCUGGGCAGACGCCCGCACACACGCCACUCGAGAUUAGUUCGGAUUCCGAUGAACCCAAGCCCCGAGCGUCGUCGUCGUCGACCGCGUCGGCCAUCACCAAACAACUCAAAGAAGUCGCCAUGACGGCCGCCGCGAAGCUGACAGGUGGACCACGGUCCGAGAAGAAGCAAGAGAAGCCCCCGGUGCCACAGGUCGUCGAACCGGCCCAGCAGAAGAAGUCAAUCGACGAUUUCCAGAUCAUCGAGGACAUGGGCCAGGGUGCCUACGGCCAAGUCAAAUUGGCCAAGUACAAGACGACGCAGAAGAAGGUGGUUUUGAAGUACGUGACGAAACGGCGCAUCCUCGUCGACACGUGGACGAGAGAUCGCAAGCUAGGCACUGUUCCUCUGGAGAUCCACGUCCUCGACUAUCUGCGACGCCCCGACCUGCGCCAUCCGAAUAUUGUUGAGAUGGAGUCCUUUUUCGAGGAUGACGUGAAUUACUACAUCGAAAUGGUCCCACACGGGCUGCCGGGCAUGGAUCUGUUUGAUUACAUCGAGCUCCGGAGCAAUAUGGAGGAGGCCGAGUGCCGGAGCAUGUUCGUCCAGGUCGCCAAAGCCAUCGGUCACCUGCACACGAAGGCGCUGGUGGUCCACAGAGACAUCAAGGACGAGAACGUGAUCCUCGACGGCGAGGGCCACAUCAAGUUGAUCGAUUUCGGCAGUGCAGCAUACAUCAAGAACGGCCCCUUUGACGUCUUCGUGGGCACCAUUGAUUACGCUGCGCCCGAAGUGCUCGCAGGCAAGCCAUAUGGAGGCAAGGAGCAAGAUGUUUGGGCGCUUGGAAUUCUGCUCUACACCAUCAUAUACAAGGAGAACCCGUUCUACAGCAUUGACGAGAUCAUGGACCGAGACCUGCGCGUCCCGUGGACGAUGAGCGACGAGAGCAUCGAUCUGAUACGGUGCAUGCUCAACCGGGACGUGGCUGCACGAUACGACAUCAAGCAGGUCCUCGAACAUCCCUGGUGCCAGGAGGUCGACGAAGAGGAUUGA